GAAAAAAAAAACUUCAUUCGAGGCGACUAAAGAACCUGGAAAAACACCAAUCUCCGGCGACUUCUAAUUAGGGCAAGAGUUCUUGUUUUCCGGCGGUCCUCAGACUGUUCUAUAACUCCGAAAGUAGUUUUCUGACAGCUGGUUUUGUAGUUUCUGGUAAAUUUUAGACCGAAUGUUAUAAGUUUGGAGCUUUAAGGACUUUUCUCUAUGAGCUAUUAUGUUUGUUAAUUUAGAGAAGAUUUUGGUUGUUUGGAGCUUCUUCUAUUCAUCUUUUCGGGGUGCUUCAGUUAGGGUUUGGUGAUUGAGGAAGGUUCCCCCCUCUUUUGGUUUCUUCAAUUCGACAAUUGAAGAUAAUACAAAGAUUUUUUUUUUUCCUUUUUAAUCUUCUGUAAACAUGAGAUCAGAUCAAAGAGUUGUGCAAAUCCUUAGUUCUGGAUAGAGCAUCUGGGAGGAAUGUCAGACUGGACUUCGUACGAGCUUGACGAUAUUGUUUGGGAUGAUUGUGCACCUGAAAUUGAUCGCCACAAGAAGCCACGCCUUGAGACAGUAUGUACUUUUACAAAGAACACAAAAAGCAAAUAUAUUGCCGAUGAUGGUAUUUUAGAAAAACUGGAAACAAUAUCUCCAACUCUAAAGCAAGGAAAGCAUUCAAUGUUGGAAAAGGGUUCGUGGUCUUGCACACCUGAUGGUGUGUUUUCUGCUUCAUGUGAUACUGACUCCAUUAAAGAAGUAGCAACUUUAACUUCUGAUAACACUGAGAUACCCAAUAGUUGCUUCAAUAAUUGCAAUGUAGAUUCAAUUGGCAACGAGUUCUCUGCAGAUGACGCAAUGCUUGAUAGUAGAAGUUCUGGAAUGGAUAACAGUUUGUGCCACUUCCCACUUCAUGAUAUUUCUUCAGCAGGGAGUGACCUUGAAUUUUUUAGUAAUGAGCAAGAGGACAGGGAGAAUGGUGACCUUUUGUAUUAUGGAUGGCCUGAUAUUGGCAAUUUUGAGGAUGUUGUUCGUAUGUUUAGAAGCUGUGAUUCCACAUUCGGGCAAGGGAAUGCUAGUAAUGAUGAUGAAAUGUCAUGGUUUUCAUCCUCUUCUCGUGCCAUUGAUGGCCCUGAAGACCCUCUCAAGAAGUCAGGCUUCAAAUCUUCAUGUUCAGAGUCAAGUGAACUGAGAAGUACAUCAAAGCAUCGGCAACCUGAUAUGAAAAUUUCACCUGACACAGUUAGUCCUUUGGUUACUGAUUCUGAUAAUUCCGAUAUUUGUAGAACAAGUUCUCAGGCAAUGGAUGCUGUAGAGGCUGUUACUUUGGAAGAUUCCUCUUAUACUGAUUGGUUGGACACAGAUACUGAGAAUAGGGACGAAACCUUAUCCAAGAGAGAGGGGAAUGAGAUUAUUGGAGGAAUUGAGGUUAAAAUUUCAUCUUCCACCCAAGCUAAGAAUGAAACUGGUGUGACGGUUGCCAUCACACCAACAACAACCAGUAUUAAAUCAGAGAACCAAAAUGAUCCUUCUCUGUCUUCAAAGGUUUCUUCUUAUGCAUCAGAUCAUGUCCAGCCCAUGGAAAGGUCUACUGAUUCUUCACCAAAGGGUCCAUCUAUGACAUCAGAGGAAAAGAUGGAAAAACUUCUUCAGCAGCAAGUAAAAGCCACAUUAAAUGAUCAAGUUCAUGUCCCAAAAUACAUGCAUCAGAUUCAAAAUGAAGUUGGAGGUGAUAGUGAAGUUGAAGGAGUAAGUAAAGAACAUCCACCAGAUGCAGAUUCAUCAACUGUACAACAAAGUUCUUGUAUGAGCUCUGCAUUGCCAAAUGAAAUAUCUGUAGAUGCAACUAGUUUUCGACAGCUUCAAUAUGUCAUGGAACAGUUGGAUAUCAGGACAAAGCUGUGUAUAAGAGAUAGUUUAUACCGCUUGGCUAGGAGUGCUGAACAAAGACAUAAUUUUGGAAACUCAAAUUGUAGCUGCAAAGAUGAUGCUGAUAAAAAUGGAGUGUUGAAGACUGAAGAAUUAAAUAAGUGCACACAAUUUAUGGAUAUGGAAACUGAGACAAAUCCGAUAGAUCGGUCUAUAGCACACUUACUUUUCCACAGGCCUUCUGAUCCAUCUACAAGUGUUUCUAAUGAUGUCUUGUCCCAUGAAUCUCAUGCCAGAAUUCAGAGUUCUAUUACUAGUCAGCCUGAGAAACCAGUUUGUCAAGGAAAGGUAGCUGAUGGAGCACAUACAAAGAGGCAGAACUGAUCAGUAGGUUCCUGAGCAUCAUUUUUCGACUCUAUAUCACAGACAGAUAGCCAGGACUCAGGAUUUACUGUUGAGUGAUGGCCAACCAAAAGGUUACCUAGGCUGAACGCAUGAUUAAAUGAACUUAUAACCAUCUGAGUUGUAGAUUAUUCUUUUGGAGCUUUAAGAUACAUCCUUCUUCAUUUUUAAUAUACAGUGAUGUGCGAAGUUGUGAUUGCCAGUUAUAUUUAUUUUUAUCCAUGUAAUACUCUCAGGUGGGCCUCCUAUAAAUCCCUAGUUUUUUUUU